AUGAUCGAUACAUGCCGUUACGACGUCUCCAACUGCCCGGACUACUUCGAGCCGGGCUCUGGAUGCGAGGUCUCCUGCCGAGCACCCUUUUACGUCGGCACCGGCACUGGGCUGGCCACUUGCCCAAGAGAAAACACAGAUCCUGAGAAGCAGAUUGACCUCCCCUUGGACCUGAACUGCACGAAGGCCUGCCCGGAGCCGUCACCUGUGCCUGCAGGCUAUGAGAAGGUGAAUGGUCAGUGGCAAUGUGCUACUGGCUACCUGGGGACAGCUGUUGCAGACUGCUUAGUCGACUCGAUCUUCAGCAGCACGACGCGGACGGUGGUUUGUGUGGCCCGCGUGGAGCUCAAAGGCUGUGAUCCAAUGGCCUCCUGCCAACCUCCAACGCUGGAUCAGUGCAUCUACGACGUGUCUGACUGCCUGAAUGUGAUAGGUGGCACCAAUUGCUCGCUACGAUGCAGGAGUCCGCCAUAUGAGGGCACUCCCGUGAAUGCGUCUUGUCCUUAUGGCAACCUUGAUCCUCUCCGAGUUGUGGACUUUACUCCUCCCAGCUGUGAGCUGCGCUGCCCGGUACAGGAGGUCUUGCCGGACGGCUACAAUUACUCGAAUGGGAGCUAUGUUUGUCUGGACGGAGUGCGUUACAAGUACCGAGGACAGCGGGUGCAAGGGGAAGUCUGGUAUUCCACACGUUGUGCAGAAGCAAUGGAGUUGGUGCAAUUUCAGGACUGCACCCAGAGACGUGCGUUCGAGCUGGACGUGCUCCGCAGGCCCUCCAACACUACCGGCGGAUGCUUCUUUGACGUAUUCCCUCAGGCCUGCCUGGCGGAGGAUCCGACCUUCCCUCAGGCAAACUUUGGCCGCGGACCAGGAGGGAGCUGUACCGUCAGCUGCAGACCUCCAUGUUCCUCACCAGAGGGCCAGCAGACGCUGAUCUGUCCAGCCUCGAACCUCAACGCACAGCUGCCACUGCAGGCCGCCCCAGUCCUACGUCCCACAUCCAGUGCUGCAUUCUUUGCGAAUCAGUAG